CUACAUGUGUUUUGCCGUACUUCAUCGUCAUCCAUCGUCGUCGAUGCCCGUCGAGCGCGGUCGCUGCUAAACGGAGUGUGAAUCUCCACACCGAGCCGAACGUCAAACGUCAGGCCUGGAUCGAAGGAGGCCUGAUCGAAAGUAAACACGGAAACGGUAGAAAAACACACGGCAUUAGAAUAUUCGGGGCUGGCAAAAAUUAGCAUUUGCAUCGUUUUGCCGGUCACCGAGCGUCUUCGAUAUUGAGUGAGUGUAUCCGGUAAGCGAAAGCGAAGCGAAGAACAAGCAGUGAGGGUGAAGAAAAUCGGACCGAGUGGAUCGAGUGAUUGAGCCCGUUAACCCCCCCUUCCCUAAACCAUUCACCGGCUGGCUGAGUGACUUACAUUUGAUAAAUGUGGUUAAUUCGUUUAAAUUUCGCACCAAUCGUUCCGCAUGAGCGAAGCAGAAAGGCAAAGUAACGCUUGUAACGCAACAUAACGUGAGUGCUAGUAGCAGUGACGCGUGCUUUCUGAUUGAUAAAUUCUGUGGCGGAUUAAGCAGUGUAAAAAGUGUAAAACAUCUAAAGUAUGAAAAAAGUGUAAACAUUAACACAGUAAAGAGUGAAAUUGAAUCCAUUUUCUCGUUGAUGUUACAAGCCCUUGUAAUCCCUACUCUACCAAUAUUAUAAGGAACAUAAAUCAGUGAACAAUGUGAAUGUGCAUGUUGAUAGAACUCUGCGAAUGAAACAGAUUUAGCACAGUUGUAUAUCACCAUUUUCAAGUGAACCGUUACCGUUAUGUGGCAGAAGUGUCCGCACCUCUCCCGUUCGUAGCUUAAUCUGGCGAAAGCAACUGGUUGAAGGUUCUAGGUCAUGUUGGUUAGCUAAUUGGUACAAUUAGCUCAUAUCAUUGCAAUGGAUCCAUUCUAAAAAAUACUUUAACCCACUAUAACAGAUUUCAAAAGACAUAAUCGGCUGUUACAGUUAUUACGCGAGAUCAACAAUUGGGCGACCGUCUCUACAAUUUAAAUCCAAUUUUAAGCGACUCUUUACGGUUUGUAAUCGUGGCGUGUCGUGUGAAAUCCUUGAUCAGUUUUAAUGAAUAACUAAAAACAAUUGGGACAUAUUUAUUAUAAAGUGAUAGCAAAAAGAAGUGUGUGUGCUAAAGUGAUGCAAAUAGUAAAUUAUCCUUUAUGGUGAUACAAUCAAUGUACAGGAUAUUGUAUGCAUUACACACCGGAUCGACAAGUAUAGUGUAGCUUUGAGUCGAGCAUACAGUGCAAACUAUCUCAUUUGCUGCAGUUUCAUACUACAACUUAUCAGCAUGGGUCACAUGAAAAAUAAACGCCGUAAUCAGGCAAAAGAGGCCGCUUUGCAAAGGGAGGAACGAUUGCGCCGAUUGGAAGAAAUGGAUCUGGAAAAUAUGCCACUAAGGUUGGACAUCAAAAGAAGGCUUACGUCGCGGUCGGACCGAGUAAAGUCGGUAGAUCUGCACCCGACGGAGCCAUGGAUGCUGUGCGCCCUGUACAAUGGCCACGUACACGUGAUGAACUACGAGAACCAACAGCUGGUAAAAGAUUUCGAGGUCUGUGAUCUACCGGUUCGCUGCGCUCGCUUUGUGGCGCGCAAGAACUGGAUCCUCACCGGCUCGGACGACAUGCAGGUGCGCGUUUUCAACUACAACACCCUCGAAAAGGUGCAUUCGUUCGAGGCGCACACCGAUUACGUACGCUGCAUCGCGGUGCAUCCAACACAGCCGCUCAUUCUUACGUGCAGUGACGACAUGUUGGUGAAGCUGUGGAACUGGGAAAAGAUGUGGGCAGUACAGCGCGUCUUCGAGGGACACACGCACUACGUCAUGCAGGUCGUGUUCAACCCGAAAGACAACAACACAUUCGCAAGCGCAUCGCUUGACCGUACGGUCAAAGUGUGGCAGCUGGGCUCGAACGUUCCCAACUUUACGCUCGAGGGCCACGAGAAGGGAGUGAACUGUGUGGAUUACUAUCAUGGAGGUGAUAAACCGUACCUCAUUUCCGGUGCCGACGAUCGGUUGGUCAAAAUCUGGGACUAUCAGAACAAAACGUGUGUCCAAACGCUGGAAGGGCAUGCACAAAACGUGUCAGCGGUCUACUUCCAUCCGGAGCUCCCGAUUCUGCUAACGGGCUCGGAGGAUGGUACCAUUCGCAUUUGGCACUCGGGCACUUACAGACUGGAGACGUCGCUAAAUUAUGGAUUUGAGCGUGUCUGGACAAUUGCCUGCAUGCGAGGCACCAACAACGUGGCGUUAGGCUACGACGAGGGGUCCAUCAUCAUCAAGGUUGGUCGCGAGGAACCGGCGAUGUCGAUGGAUGUGAAUGGAGGAAAAAUUGUAUGGGCUCGGCACUCCGAAAUGCAGCAAGUUAACCUGAAAGCGCUCCCUGAAGGAACGGAAAUCAAGGACGGCGAACGCCUGCCGGUAGCGGUUAAAGAUAUGGGUGCAUGUGAAAUCUAUCCACAAACAAUCGCCCACAAUCCCAAUGGAAGGUUUGUGGUGGUGUGCGGCGACGGAGAAUACAUAAUCUACACGUCCAUGGCCCUCCGCAAUAAAGCGUUCGGUUCUGCUCAAGAAUUUGUGUGGGCCUCGGAAAACAGCGAGUAUGCCGUACGCGAAUCGAGCGGCACAGUGAAGCUGUUCCGUAACUUCAAGGAACGGAAAAGCUUUACCCCCGACUACGGUGCAGAAGGUAUCUUCGGUGGACAAUUGCUGGGAGUUAAAACAUCAUCUGGCUUAACAUUCUACGAUUGGGAAAAUUUGGAACUGAUCAGACGAAUCGAGGUUCAGCCAAGACACGUAUUUUGGAACGAAGCGGGCACACUGGUGUGUCUUGCCACCGAGGACUCAUACUUCAUACUGAAGGUUGACAUCGGCAUGAUUCAAAAUGCGUUGGCCACCAAGCAACAGUUGGGUGAAGAUGGCAUCGAGGAAGCUUUCGAUGUUCUUGGCGAAGUAAACGAGCUGGUGCGUACAGGACUUUGGGUUGGCGAUUGUUUCAUCUACACAAAUUCUGUGAACCGCAUCAACUACUAUGUUGGCGGAGAAAUUGUUACCGUUUCCCAUCUCGAUCGCACGAUGUAUCUGCUUGGAUACGUGCCGAAGGAUAACAGGUUGUACCUCGGUGAUAAGGAGUUGAAUGUGACCAGCUUUGCACUGUUACUGUCGGUGUUAGAAUACCAGACAGCUGUUAUGCGGCGUGACUUCGAAACGGCGGAUCGUGUGUUGCCCACCAUCCCGAAGGAGCAUCGCACACGUGUGGCCCAUUUCCUGGAAAUGCAAGGAUUCCGCCAGCAAGCUUUACAAGUCUCGAUUGAUCCAGAGCAUCGUUUUGAGCUGGCGCUGAAAAUAGGCGAUCUCGAUACGGCGCUCAUGCUUGCUCGCGAAUCUGACAGUCCCCAGAAAUGGAGCCAGCUCGCCGGCAUCGCCACCAGCAAGAACAAGUUCGAUCUCGUCAAGGAAUGUCUGACGAAUGCAAACGAUUACGGUGGCCUCCUGCUGCUAGCAACUAGUACGGGCGAUGCGGAUAUGCUGCGGAAUCUUGGCGAGAACGGUGUCACGCAGGGCAAAUUCAACAUCUCUUUCUUGUCCAUGUUUCUGCUGGGUGAUUUAGAAAAAUGUUUGGAAAUUCUGAUCCAAACAAACCGGAUACCGGAAGCAGCAUUCUUCGCCCGGACGUACUUGCCAAGCAAAAUUUCGCACGUGCUUGAUAUUUGGCGUACGGAGCUGGCUAAAAUCAAUGAAAAGGCCGGCCAAAGCUUAGCGGAUCCACAGCAAUAUGAAAAUCUGUUUCCGGGCUUCUACGAUUCAGUAAAGACGCAGCAAUUUCUCCUCCCAGAGCGAAGCACACUGCUGCCCGCGAACGUCGCUACCAAAGUACCACUCAACAUUGAUCGCACGCCUAUUGAGGAAAUGAAAAUGGCAGAAAAUGAAGGAAAGUUUGACUAUAAUCCAAGCGCAUCGAGCGAAGCCACCGCGACACUGCCGAACGGAAACGAUGUUGCUGCUGCCUCGGUUUCAAAGCACGUUGAUUCAUCUGCUGUAAACACCAACUCCACACAACUUGCACCCUCCAACGUACCGCCCACGAUAACUACGCCGACGGCCAAUGUGGGCGGUGUGUCAGCAGCGCAAGUAAAGCGGAAAAGUUCACUGGAAGACUUUGAGUCUGAAAUAGAAGCGCUGAAUCUGGACGAUAAUAUCGAUACUUCGGAUGUAAAUAUAGAUGACGUCGAGCUAAGCGAUGAUUGAGCCUGCAACGAGAACCUCCGCCAAUCUCAAUAGUUUUUGGGCGGACACCGACAUACCGAAAGAUUUAGGGCGAGAAAGAAGGGAGAGGUUUAGCAAAAGUAUUGUUUUUUAUUUACCUUCUCGCGCAUAUAUCGCAAACCGAACACAUCAGGAUGCACUUCCUAGAACGGUUUAUCGUUAAAGGAUAAAGGUACUGGACCGUUUGAACACCACUACCGCCACAGCACCCUUUAUUCCUUCGUUAUCCUGUAACGUUAGUUGAUUCGUUCAAACAAUUAUAUAUUCCAUAUUCCUGCUUCGGUACUUUUUUUUAUGUUCAAGUGAAUUGAUUGCAUCUGGACGGAAUCAAGCAUUCAAAUAAAAUAAAAUAAAUUAAUUUGGGAUAUAUAUUCACCGAAAAA